UUUUCUCUAAAAGGUAACAAGUAUCCAAACAAGUGUGAGAAUAAGUUUAUCAUAUCAAAAGCGGCCGUCUUCCUCGAAGAAUUUCAUUCCAAAAAUGGAAUCUGAAGUAGAAGAAAGGUUCCAUCGACACCCAAAACGGGAGAAACUCACAAAAUGUGUUGAAUUUCCAUCAAUCUUGCCAGAAGAGCUCAUCACUGAAAUCAUAUCAAGGCUACCAGUGAAAUCCCUUUUGAAAUUCAGGUCUGUUUCGAAAUCUUGGCUUUCUUUGAUCUCUAGCCCGGAAUUUAUCAACACCCAUCUUACGGUGUAUAACAACAAGGAUCAGAGACACCACAGGCUUAUGCUAGGGUUUAGUAUGCAUUGCUACAGACUUAGGGAAUGUUCUUUUAGCUCUUUAUUUUGUAACCCUGUUAUUGAGCUAUCUGACUUCAAUUAUCCCAUGAAAGUCGAAUAUGACGAAGGAUUUUCGCCUGUGGGUUCUGUUAAUGGAUUGAUUUGUCUUGUCCAUGGGUAUCACUCACCAAAACAUUUGUUUCUAUGGAAUCCAUCUAUUAGGAAGUACAAGAAAUUGUCUAAUUCUAGACCUAAAUUUAGAUAUGAUGCCUGUAUGUAUGGUUUUGGGUAUGAUGAGCUCCAUGAUGAUUAUAAGAUAGUGGGUAUUUUUUGUAUUUAUGGAAGAUCGCUUCAUAUUGACUUCAAAAUAUAUAGUUUAAAGGGUGAUUCUUGGAGAAUGAUUCAUUAUUCACAUGGCGGGAUGUGUUUCAGUAGACGGAGUGUAUUUGUGAAUGGUAAACUUCAUUGGACUACUCAUUCUUUUGAUCAAUCUGUGUGUAAGGGUGGGGGCAUUGUUUCUUUUAGUUUAGCUGAUGAGAACUGGGGAAAGGUGGAGGAGCCCUGCUAUGGAGGAAAAGAAAGUAUUUCAGACUUGGGAGUGUUUGGAAAUGAUCUUUGUGGGUUCUCUCAUCAUCUGGCGAUUGGCGUAGAUGUUUGGGUUAUGAAAGAUUAUGGAAUUAAGGAAUCUUGGACAAAGAUGUGCACCGUCACCUAUCCAAAACUCGAGAGAUAUCUAUAUUUUCCAUCCGUUUUCUUGUCAAAUAAUGGUGAUGUUUUGGUUGGGUACGGAUCAAUGUUCAUCCUAUACAAUCCAAAGGAUGACUCCUUCAAAUAUCCAAAGGUUAUCAACUAUAGUGAGUGGCAAAUAGGGGAAAUCUACAUUGAAAGCCUAAUUUCUCCUCUUUCUACAGAAGGGCUAAGACCGAUACAGAAACAAUGCGUGAAAAAGCUCAAAAUUAAGGCAGUCUAGUAACAAAUAACUGGUAAGGUUACUUUUUUUGCUGUGAAAUUCUGUUUGUUAUUUCAGAUAUAGAGCUAGACAAUGCAUAUGUAAAAGAUAUCUUCAAACCAGAUUGUGUGGGUUCUAGUUAGUCAUUUUUUCUAUAUGCACUACUCUCAUGAAACAAUAGUUUUGUCUCUAACUUCAAACGAAAUGGAACUGGACAUUUCCGCUCUUGUUGAGCAGUGUUUAAGGGAACUUUACACCUCUGGACAUAGUAAAUAAAGAACAACAGGAACUCGCGGCAGGUGAAUGCACCAAUAACACCGAGGUCCUUCACUGGGCUGUUGUUUUAUCUCGUAGGCUUCUUUGAUUACUCUCUAUAGCAAAAUUCUUUUACAGUAUCUUGUUUCUAAUUAGUGGCAAUUUGUACUCCCUCAGUUCUAUUCUACUUGUAAUGACGAGUGAAGUGAGACUAUAGAUAAUGGGGAAAUGGAGGAGAGAAAUAGACUCCGAAUUUGAGAGGUUCCUCAUGUUACUUUCCAAGUUCUUUUUAUUGUAUGCUGAAUAGAGCUGCAAACAGUGUCUAUACCUUUUUUAGCAGAACAGAUGUUAUCAUCACUGAUGGACAUCCUAAUCGUGUGUGUGUCUUUUAAACUAUAUACAAGACAUAGGGCUUCUUGAGAUUUU